AUGCCACGUGACCUGUCAGCGGGGUCCAAGCCUCCACCACCCACUUCCACUUCGACCUCGACCUCGACCUCGACCUCGACUCGCGCUCCACCUCCCACCACAACAUCGAGCACCAAAUCCUCCAAGACGCCAGAUUUCCUGAAGCCGACGAGCAUAAGCAACGGCAUCAAGCGCAUACAGCGCAUCGAGGAGAAGCACGCGCUGCACCCGAACAGCGUGACGCGCGAGCCGCCCUCGAGCAACUACCAGCCCCGCGAUGUGAUAGCACCGUACUACGAGCCCGUGUACACGGGUACCGGUCCUGCGCCUGUGCCUGUGCAGGCUCCCGAGACAAAGCGCCGUCGUCUGUCGAUGAAUCAGAAGCACGCCCUCCCGCCGAGACCGAACGUGAACACGCCCCCGACACCCUCGAUCGGUUCCCACGCCGAGCGCCAGAGUCGAUGGCACCACAACGGGCCGAAGGCGACGGGCGCGAACGCCAUCGCUAGCACCAUGCCGUUAUUCCAAGACGCCCUCGCUAGAGCUCGCAAGAGUCCUAAGGGGAACACAUCGCCGCCCGGCCAGUCCUGGCAGCUCUCGCAACAGCACCCAUUCGGCUUCCAGCCGCCGCCGCAGCAACAGCAGCUGCCCGGCUGGCAGACGUUCCAGCAGCACCAGCAGCAGCAGCAGCAGCAGUACGGAUACCAGCCGUACGCGCAGGGGCAGUUUGCUUACGCUCAGCCUCAGCAGCAGCAUGGUUUCACGCCGCCGCAGUCGUAUGGCCAGCUUCCCCCGUAUCAGCAGCAGCAGUACGGUGCGCACCAGCAGCACGGUGCUCAGUCGUCCUAUUCGCGCGGGAACCAGUCACCAUAUCAGCGAGGCAACCAGUCGCCAUACGGACAACACCGCGGUGGUCACUCCCCUUUCCAGCAGGGCGGUCGCUCGCCAGCCGUUAGGGAGGACAACCGCUCCCCUCUUCCUCUCGGCCAGCGCGCAACGGCCUCGGGCGGGAGCACGCCGCGUCCCGCUUCUGGAGGACGCACCCCGCCCCCGCCGCUCAAGCCGUUAUCAUCUCGUGCCCCUCCGCCGCCGCGUGAGCAUGCCGAUGAGGCUGAGCCUCCGUCAUCGGGUGCGCCACUGACGCCUCCCCACUCUCCCACACCGCCCCCGCCGUAUCGCUCUCCUCCACCGCCUCCUGCGAAGUCUGCUACUCCCAAACCUUCACCGUCUGCCGGCAUGAGGGCGCUCGACCGCGCUCUGGACGGAUUGAGAAGACAGCAGUCUCAGAGGGCCGCGCCCGUCGUGAGCCCUUACCAGUCUUCAGCCCCGGUCCCUGCUCGCCCUGCGCCCGCGCCUGAGCCUGAGCCUCGCGUGUUCGCCGCUCCAGUUGCUGCCGUCGCCGCUGUUGCUCCCUCUGACGACGAGCGUGUCGCCAGGGCGUUGAAGGACGCUGCCGAGUUGCUGGGGCACAAGGCGCCGGGCGUCCCCGGCCUCGACCUCGAUCGCGACGUCAUAGCAAAGGCAGCGAGAGACUUUGCCGACGCUUUGGAGGGCAAAGGGGGCAAGAGCUCCGAUCAACUGCCCACGCCCCUGCCUGCGACCGCGACCGAUGUACCCGAGGCUGGUACUUUGCGCCCGAACAAGAGGGCGCGUACCGAGUCUCCCGAGAUUGAGUACGUCGGGUCCGCCCGUUCCGCUCCUUCCGCCCCCGCUGCAGCCAAGCCCGCCCAGGAGCCGCUGUUCUUCGAGGCACCCUUCGUCAAACUCGAAGACGAGGACUUCAGCUCCCUCCCCAACGUUCCGACUCAGGACGACUUAUGGGGCAGUGAGCCUGAGGAUGACCCCGAGCCGAUCUUUGAAGAGGAGGAGGACGAGCUGGACAGCGACUCUGAUGAAGACGUCAAGCCGUACAUCGACCCGCGCCGCCAGAAUCCCGACAUGGACGUGAGCGAUUCGGAGGACGAUGACUCGGAGGAGGAGGACAUCGACGACGAGCCGAUCGACGUCGAUGCGCCGGCGACAACAAAGACUGCGCGCGCGAAAAAGAGGGCCAAGCGAGCCAAGCUCCUCUCGGAGGCCAUCUGCGCCGGCCAGUGCUUCCGGUGCCCCAGCCAACCUCUCGUCGCGGACAUGUACAACCAUCUCUGCCUCGAUCACCGAUUCGACACGCUGUCGCCGCAGGACUUCAAGUGCGACAAGAUCAAACUGUGCGAGUGCGGCCGGCCCGCGAUCAAGUCCACAUACACCAAGAACCACCUCAAAUUCUGCUCUCUGCCCCUUGAGCGCCGAGUCGCACUCGGCAUGGCCCCGCCCAAGGAGAAGAAGGUGCCCACGAGCAAGGCGGGCACGUGUCACCUCUGCAACAAGAGUCUGAAGGAUCUCCUGGGCCACUUCAAGCGCAAACACGCCAACAUCAACGUCACCGACGACGAUUUCGACUGUCCCGGCCUUAAGGCGUGUUGCGGCAAGGUCUGGACCAAGGGCGGACGACACAAGUGUCCCGACAGUUCCGACUUUACGCGCCCGUCCGCUGCGAGUGCCACGCCCAGUCCUGUGCGUGCAACGAACUCUAAUGCUGCCCACGCGACCUCUGUAGCUACCGCUGUCGGACGCCCGCAACAGGAAGCGGCGCAAGCGACGCCAGGCCAAGGCCAGACGACCGCCGAGACCAGACGGACCGCCGAGUCUCUCAACACUGCACCGCUGAGCCGUUUUGGCAAGAUCCCGAAACACAGCGACAAAGACAGCGACAGAGACGGCCGUAACAGACGUCUCUCAGGCGAGGACGGCCGUCCCGGAGAACUGCCUGACCGUCUCCGGUUCCUGAACAAUAUGUAA